AAGCUGUCAUAUCUUGUUUUGUUAUGAUUUGUCUUAGUUUUUUCUCCUUCGCAGAAAGUUGAUGCAAAGUUUAUAAAAUAAUGAAUAUAUCUAAAGCUACAGGCGAACAAAAACUGCAACUGUGCCGCACAUAUUUUCGAGCUGGCUUCGCACUAUUGCCAUUCUUGUGGGCUGUGAAUUUCUUUUGGUUUUUUAAGGAAGCCUUUACUAGAACAUCGUAUCCCGAGCAGAAAAAAAUAAAACAGUAUGUCAUAUUUUCUGGCCUGGGAACAUUAUUGUGGAGCAUUGUUUUAGCCAUAUGGAUAAUAAUAUUCCAAACACAACGUUCCGAAUGGGGUGCGACGGCUGAUUACAUGAGUUUCAUCAUUCCAUUGGGCAAACCAUAAAACGAUAACUUUUGUAUCCUUAAUCUUAAUUAAUACUAGCAUACAAUAUAGAAGAUAUGUUGCUUUUAAUUCCAGUUCAAAAUUGUUCACUUGGAGCAAGCAAUACAGAAACUUUUGUUAUUCUCAAAAGCACACCCAAGGCUGAAAAACUUUAUUUCACAUGAAACAAUGAGUAACUAUAUGUAUAGCAAGUUCGAAAUGUAUUAACAAUUUGCGACACACAGGUCGAUGAUAGGAUGCAGGUAUUAAUAAAGAAAAUUUAACAACAACAAAAUUAA